CUCCCCCCGCAGCCGCUCCGUGCGUAAAAGUGAAUUUAAAGGAAAACUUCUCACCACUGGAUGGAGGAGUCACGCAGCUGAGGGUUGCGUGUUUUUCUGCGUGGUUCAGGAUGAUCCCGGUGCGUGUUGGUGCGUGUGAGAGAGUUUAGGAAGUGAUGUUGGGUUGUGAAUCUGGAGCCACAGCUGGAUCAGCGAGUUUCCUCUGAGGCGGCUGCAGUGGAUCCUCUCACGUCAAGUCAUGAUGUCAGCGACUGGACGGACUCUCUGCUGCCUGCUUCUGCUCUGGAGGAGAACAUCAGCUCAGGCUGCAGAGCUGCGCUGCCCCGCGGCCGGCCCAGUGGGGGCGCUGCACCCUGUUCAGGGUCUGCUGGAGACGUUUGAGGCGGGUCCAGGUUGUGCUGCUCGAGAGCGAGGAAACAAGGAGACUCAUGUGGUUGCAGUGAGGAGGUCGACCAACAGCCCUGAAAACAAGGUGACGGUGCUGCUGAAGCCCUUGUCUCCGUCUCCGUCACCUGUCAGAACUCUGCACCUGCUGCUCAGCUCCAAGCUGCCAGUCAGCUGGUGGCUGGAGGCCGAGAGACUCCCGACCGAUCUGCCCGUGCACGUGCAGGUGUCCUCAAACUCCAGCGUUCAGUCCCGCACGUUGCAUUUGCUCGUCCACGUGGUGCAUCCGUUACCGUUUCGUCCGCGUGCACUGCACCGCUGGGCCCUGAGACACCACGGCAACGUCUCAUCUCUAACGCACACAACACACGGCAACCGGGUCUACAUCCGACUGGGAGAGGAUCCAACUUUACCUCCCGUGUGCCAGCUCCAGUCCACGUUCCUCUCACCCAACUACCUGACCUCUGACCUGCAGCCUCAGGAGGUGCAGGGCUGCUCCCACCCUCCGGCUGCUGGCAUCAACCCUGCGGUGCACGUGAUCAAGCUCCACUCUGCAGGAUCAGGACUCUGUGGGUCUCUGCAGGUGGAGGUGGUCGUCUCUCUCGUGCCCCCGGUGGCCAACACCAGGGCGCAGAACAUUGUGCUGAUCCUCAGCAGCUCAGUGCCCGUCCACUGGGCCAUCACUGCUCGUGGUGUCCAGGGUCACAUCUCCGUUCAUUCGUCCAACAGUGUGUCCCCGCCGUUCCCCCCUGAGCCGGACCUGACCCUGUCCAGCACCCUGAACUCUGACCUGUCCACCGUGUCCGACCUUCUCCUCUGGGCCAAUGAGAGCGGCUACGCCCAGGUGACCUCGUACACUGAGGCCGACCUGGCCAAUCGCUUUGUGAUCCAGCUGGCUGGGGGCGGGACAGACGUCCUCGCAGUGAGGACUCCCCUGGUUGUGAGGCCUCCCUGGGCCGAGGAGCGCAGGCUGAGGCAGUGGCUGAACGGUGGAGACAGAGCAGGAGGACGAGAGAGUUUCACGGUGCAGUGUGAGGACGGACGCCUCAGUGUGACCGUGGACCGACGCAUCCUGCAGACCCUGUCCGUCCCCGUGGCAACCGUGACUCUGCAGGACCCGACGUGCCAGGCUCAGUCCAACGGGAGUCAUUUCCUGUUGGUGUUCCCAGUCAUUUCCUGUGGGACUGAGGGUCUGUUCCUGGGACGGCCCAGAGGGGUGCAAUACACGAACAUGAUGAUUCUGUGGAGGGACCAACCUCAGACGGUUGUUGGCCUCAAUGACACGGAGAGGAAGUCCAAAGGUCCACUGGGCAUCCACUUCAGCUGUUUGGCUGCUGUUCCCAGUGUCGCUGGUCCGGCUGCAGACGGCGUAGAGGAGACAAACACUCCUCAAGCUGGACUCGUCCACUCGGCACCGGGGGAACCAGCAGGGCCGGAUCCAGCUCUGGGCCACCUCCCGGUCCCCAGACACAGACCUGGGCCCGUGCUGACUCUGAGACUGUUUGUCACUGAGGAUUACGAACAGAAGCGGAUUGGCCCCUGUGUCGUCACCGCAGGCCACCGCGUCUACGUGGAGAUUUCAGCUAAAGGGCCCCUCCCAGAUGCUGUGGAGGUGAAGUCAUGUGUGGUCUCUCCUCUGUCAGACCCCAAAAAAUCCCCUUUCUGGACCAUCAUAAGCGAGGGCUGCUCCUCCGACCCCUCACUGACCCUCAGCGCAGAGGCAAAAGAUGAAGAGGAGGAGGAGGAGGAGGAGGAGGAGGAGGAGGGUGAUGCAGGUGAACUGGAAGAGAUGGAGAGGAUGAAGAAGAGCAGAAUUCAUCACGGAGACGUCUCACCCCGGCACAAAUCUGAGAGACGGAGGAGAGAAGCUCCGGUGAGGUCGGAGAAGAGCGGCAGCAACGUGGCACCAGAGGAGGAGACACAGCCGCUGAGGUUCAGCUUCAUCCUGCGACCGGUUCACAACAACUCCGUUCAGUUCCUCCACUGCAGCCUGAACCUGUGCAGCUCGGACUCCCCCCGAGGUGAAGCCGUGAAGGAACCGGCAAAGAGGGUGUGUCGGGACGGACUGCCUAUUCCUGCUCUGGUGUCCAAGUCCCCCAAACACCAGUGUGAGAUCAGGAACCUGUCCCGGCCGAUGGUCGUCACCCAGUCCAUCAGCUCGCUGGCCCCCAAGCUGCUGAGGCCCCCUGCUGGCCCGAGGACCAAGAGACUGGGUGUGUCCCCUCUGGCGAGUCCGGAGCCCCAGGACAGCAACUCUGUGGUGCAGACGGGACCAGUGAUGGGCAUCGUGUUUUCAGCAUUUGUGAUGGGGGUCAGCCUGAUGGGGGGGCUGUGGUGCAUCUACAACUAUACAGCGAAACGUCCGACCUCACUUGGAGGAGAAGGUCAAUUAAUAGACCAGACUCCCGGAGGCCACAACACCUGGAAUCCACCGCUGCUGUCCGAUCAGUCCUCCUGCUCCAUGUAGAGGAAGGAGCUUGAAAGGUAAGAUGAUGGAGUGAGGACCUUAUGUUCUUAGGUGCUCUGUGGGAUUAGGAAGAAGAAGGAGGAGAGAUGGACCCUAGUUGAAGAGGAGGUUUGAAGAGGAAGAGGAGGACACAGUAGAUGGACUGAACAAAGAUGAAGAAGAAGGGUUCUUGGAGACUGGUGAGACCAAGGAGGGUUGCACUGGUUCUAAAGCAGGUUAUUGGUUUUAAGGUUGCGGCCGACGAGCAGGAGCGUUUCAAGUGAAUUUGGAGACAAAGAGGAACCUGGUGGCCAAACGUCGAACUGCACCGAACAGUUUCUGCUUUUAACACGAACAGUUUUGAACUUUCACAUUUUACCCGACGGACGCUCUGUAGAAGUAUGAAACUGGAGAUGGAGGCAUUUUAGUGACGCUUCAUUUAAACCAGUUUAUGUUUACAUGUCUUACUUGUGUGUUUGUUAUGAUAUUGUUACUUAAAAGUAUUUUGUGUGUAAUAUGUAAUGUUCCUAAUGACUUGGUUGUUGUUGUAUCUGGUUAAUAUCUUGUGUGUUUUUAUAUUUGGUUCCAAUUCUGUUUGUGACUCGGCUGCUGAAAUAAGUUUUGAGUAACAAACAAAAUGCAAAAAACAAACAUUGUGUUGUAGGUUGUAAAGUUUCUGUCAAAAUAAAUCUGCUGCUUCUUGAAACUACACACAUCAGCUUGCAGAGCAAAACUAAACAAUAUCUGCCACCCUGGUGUCAAAGCUGUGUAUUAAAAUAAACAGUUGUGGUCACAUGCACAACAAACGGCUCCAGUAAAUCUAUCAGCGCGAGUCGUGCACCUGCAGAUUUCCCCUCUGAUGAACCAGAUACUGCAGCUCGGAGCAGUUUGAUUCUUUUAUUUCCGUCUCAGGAUUUCCUCCUGCGAGUCAGAGGGAGGGGGGGGGGGAGAACUGGGACAGAGGUGUGAACAGUGUGUCUGUGCAGCUCUGCUGGGGAGUUGUGUUCAUCGCUGUGCAGCAGAAACACACAAAGACCGAAACCAUCCCGUAGAACUUAGUCAUCGCAGCUUUGUGACAAGUCAAGUGUUUUUAUUCAGAGUGAAACGUUGUGCGACGCUGAACGACAGCUUUCUGCAUCGAGUCAUUUGGAAACUGGCAGCGAGCGUCACUCGAUUCUAACACAAACCCCAGAGUCACCAGCUUCAGAGGCAGAACACGCUGCCACACAGGAUUCGAGAGGUGACUGUGUGUCAAGAGUCUUUUGAAAUAUUUGUGUUGUAACCGUGAAUCAGCUGGAAAUCAAAAAAACAACGUCUUUGUGUUGAUGUGUCAAAUAAAAGGUUUUAAACUGAGCCACGAAUCCACUUUGUCUUUCACCCGCAAAUCACACGACUCCAGUGAAGCAAAGGAGGUGAAUCUGUUGUGGUUCAAUGAAAUAUAUGAAUGUUUGAUAGUAAAUUAAGAUUUGGCCUUUUCAAAAUAAAAAAA